UCAUGAACGAACCGCAAAAUUGUAUACUCAAGAACGCAUCGAUAUUAUUUUUUCUUAUAAAGUGUUUUUCAGGAUACACGAAAAAUGGCGAAGGCCAUAAAUUUACAAGAUCUUGUGAAACAUAUCGUAAAUGGUACAUUUGAGCACAAGUUUUGUCGGAUAUGUCUCUUACCUUUAGAAGAUCUUUACGAGGAUGCUUUUACUACUGUUUGUAAAGAAAACGUUGAAUAUUCUAUCGCAGAUAUUCUAGAAAUUGUUUGUCAUAUUCGACUUUCAGCUAUGCAUAAAUUUAAAAUAUGCCCAAGCUGUUUUGUAACAGCCUCAGAAGCCUACAAGUUCUAUUUAUUAACCCAAAAAAGUGAAAAUUUACUUAAUUUUUAUGUAGACGAAUUAAAUAAUCAAUUAAAUUCAAUAGAUGAACCAGAAAAACUAGCCGCAGAGUCCCUUUGCAUAACUUUACCGAGUGUACAGCCAGAUAACUUUGAAUAUGACUUUGAUAUUGAUAAAUUUCCAUUUCAAAGUUGUUCAAAUGACAAAAAUUUAGAGCUAUAUGACAAACAUGACAUGGGCAAAACAAAUGUUCAACGAAAAAUGAAAAUAGAAUUAAAAGUAGAAGAUAACUUUGAGGAAAAUAUACUGAUUAUUAUGGGAGAAAACGGUGAACCAUCCUUUUAUAAGCCACAGGAAGACGGAACACUGAUGUCUCUGGAAAAUAGUCAAAAUGAUUUCAGUGAAGUUUUAAAACAAAUACCAGAAACAAGUAUUUUAAAGAAGAAAAAGAAAAGGAAACGGAAUCCAAUGGAAUACAAGAUGUGCAGUCGAUGCCCCGUUAGAUACAGAUUUGUUAGGAAGCUGAAGGAACAUAUGAAGGAAGAACAUGGGGUAGAUUUGUUUGUCUGCAAGGUAUGUCAAGCCAUAAUAGAAGAUGAACAGGAGUUCAACAAUCAUCUACAAACUCACACAGGGAUACACACAUGUGCUAUAUGCAAUACAGUAUUCAAAAAACGUGAAACCAUCAUUGCCCAUUUCAAGUGGCACGAAGAAAUGAAAAAUAUGAGUAAAUUAGAGGGUGCUCACAUUUGUGAAAUAUGUGGUCUGAUACUUAAAAGUGCGGAGCAUUUGAAAGAACACAAUGACAAAAAACAUGUUAAGAAAUAUACUUGUUAUUACUGUGGGCGAAUGUACAAGGGAGAGAUUAGCUUCGAGAUGCAUAUAAAGAAACAUGAAAUGAAUAAUGAUGUUAAACGAAAUCCGAGCCAAAUUAAAAAUGAAGGCACUAAAAAAAAGCGGAAAUACACAUGCCCUACUUGCGGACGAGACUUUGUGGACGAAAGGGCACUGCUGUGGCAUGAAAGGCUACAUACCAAUGAGAGACCUUAUGUUUGUGAUGUGUGUGGGCGCGGCUUCGUGUCGCUGAACCGUCGCAACCAGCACGCCGUCUGCGCGCACACCGCGCCCGCGCGCCGCUGCCCGCUCUGCCCCGCGCUCUUCCACUUGCGCUCCAUGGUCAACACGCACAUCAAGAAGGUGCAUCUCAAAGCGCACAAACGAAGAAACCGUACGAGCAAACAUCAGAAUGUAUUUUGGAAAACUGAGACGGUCCCGAUCCAAGAACUGAGCGUGUCUAUACAGAACGAAAUAUUGGAGUUACAAGCAGCACACAAUGACGCGAUACAAACACCUAAAUGGUGACAGAAAAUCUAGUAUAAAUGAAUGCUAAUUAAAAUGAAGUAUUAUCCAAUAAAUAUGCAUUAGAUUUUGUAAAAAAUUAUGUGUUUAUACAUCUAUUUUAUUAAUAAGGAUAAAUAAAAGUAUACAUUUUUAAUAAAAA